UUUUGUUGGGACUUCCUCUCGACCAAAAGAUAAAUAGCCCCAUGGCUAGUAGGAAAAAUAUUCGUAAUGCCUGCAGGUAUCCUUUAUGCAAGGAGAAAUUGGGGGCCUCUCUUUGCCAAGAAAAUGCCAGCCUUCAUCAAAGAAGGGCAAGGGGAUGAGAAACAGGUGGCAAGUGACAGUCAUUAUCACCCAGUAUACCUGCCUACAAUCAUCCAGACUUCUGCUGAGCCAAACUACUCAACUGCAACUUAGCCUGCCUUGUGUGCCAUACCCCAGUUGAUGGUUCUCUGUGUCACAGGACUCCAAAACGCUGUAUGACAGGAAUCACCAUGGUGAAGUUAUUAAUGGGUUAAGGUGAUAUGCAAAGACAGCCGCUGAGCUCAGUGGAACAAAGCCACGGCUUUUCAGGCUGCAGAAGGCGCGAAGAAACCGGAGGAGAGCGAGAGAAGCAACAAGUCCGUCGGCGCCGUCGGGGAAAGAGCCUGGAAGCGGCACCUGACAAGGUUGCUCGGCGCCUCUCGUCGGCAGAUGCCAUAAAAGGCAGCAGCUGGCGGAGGGUGAAGGCUGCCCUCUUCUUGGGGGCCCUCGCGCGCCUCUUUGGAUGGCAGUUUGAGAGCCACCUUGGAAAUCCAGGAAGCCUGUCCUGCUCGCCACCUUUUCGCACUGAAAGUGCCUUUUCUCGGCUUUGGAGGGACUCGUUUGAAUAUUUGCCCCCUUCCUGUGGGUUCUUGUUCUUUUUUUGUGUGGCGGGAAUCUAGCGACCGUCCACUGAAAAGGAGGAGGAUUUCUGUACCGCCUCUUCCAGCCAAGCAUGGUGGGGAAAAGAAACCCCGACGCUAACCGGGAAGCCGGCUGCUUUGGCGGACAGGGCUUCUGUCCCCUCAGGUCUGCUCCGCCCUUCAACUCGCUGCUGGCCGCCUUCCUUCUCUCUGUGGGAUCCAUAGCUUCCUGCGUCUAUCUGGGGAUGAAGACCAACGACCUUCAGGCGAGGGUCUUUGCCAUUGAGACAGCGCAAGGGGACAUGGGCGCUGCUGCUCUUGCUGGCUCCUACCAGUCGCUGCCCAGCUAUUCUUUGGAUCAGCUGAAUUCCCUGAUGCAGGAAAAAGUGGAGCAACUUCUGGCUCAGAAGACCUAUGAACAUAUGGCAAAAAUCAGGACAGUAAGAGAAGCUUCUUUGGACUGCAACUGCCCACCAGGUCCUCCUGGUAAACGAGGUAAACGAGGAAGAAGAGGAGAAACUGGACCUCCCGGUCAACCUGGUCCUCAAGGUCCACCUGGUCCAAAAGGUGAGAAGGGAGAUCAAGGUGAUCAGGGCCCUCGGAUGGUGUUUCCUAAAAUCAAUCAUGGGUUUCUCUCUGCUGAUCAGCAGCUCAUUAAACGCCGCCUCAUUAAGGGUGAUCAAGGGCAAGUUGGACCUCCUGGACCUCCUGGACCCCCUGGACCAAGAGGACCCCCUGGAGAUACUGGUAAAGAUGGGCCACGAGGAAUGCCUGGGGUGCCGGGAGAACCUGGAAAACCAGGUGAACAAGGUUUGGUGGGACCUCAGGGACCUCCAGGACAAAAGGGCUCAUUUGGUGCACCUGGUAUCCCAGGAACAGAUGGACAACAGGGAGAACCUGGUGCAAUGGGAGAAAGAGGAGUCUCUGGACUUAAGGGUGAUCCUGGACAACGGGGAGAAAAGGGUGAUGCUGGAGAAAGUGGACCCAAAGGUCACUCUGGAGAAAAGGGUGAUCCUGGAUCUUCUGCUGCGGGAAUUAAGGGGGAACCUGGACAAUCGGGUAGACCAGGACAAAAGGGUGAACCUGGACUUCCUGGACUUCCUGGGUUACCUGGAAUUAAGGUAAAUAUACAUGUUUUAUCUAUAUCAGUGCUGGCAAGAGAAUUGUAGGAAUUGCAAU